CGCUACUGCGAGCGACGGUCUUACAAUUGAGUGAGAGAAAGGGAAACUCAAGGAAAAUUCCUUUAGUUAGUUGGAAAGGAAAAGUGGAAAAGUUUAUUAUCCCAGUGGAAAUAGCAGCUACACUGGUUCGCUAAGAGCGGUGGAAAACUAGCAAGCGAUUUUACCGCUGGUAAAAAUCAAGCAGAAGCAACUAUACGUUUAAGAAAAAAGUGGGCGGUGUUACUCAACUGCAAAGCAAAAAAGUUGCAGAAUCAACGAACAAAGGAAAGUGUACAGAAAACGCUGAAUAAAUUGACAAAGUGGUGUCUGUGAACAAAAAAAGGUGACAACACUAAAGGCAAGUGGGCGUGCAAGAAAUUAAAGUGAUCAUCCAGCAGGGUACAAUAUAAGGAAAAGUGAAAGAGUGGACCUCAUCAAGAAGGUUGUGAACCAUUAACAAUUAUCCUCCUGUGUGAUUGGUCCGACGAAAGAACCGAUUCCUGUCAGUGUUAUGGACGUGGCUAAUCUUGGGGCGUGUUGGUGAAAAUCUGCGAAAAACAAACUGUUUUGAGAAAAAACUAGCAAACAGUCGCCGGUACCGCAAAGGGCCACUUUUCUUCUCAAAACUCAGUCUCCAGGUGGCGUUGCCCCUGGACCACCAGCAGCUGCCAUGAUCAUGGAAGGGCUAGAAACCUUGGUUGCGCCACCGCAUCACACAUUCCUACUGACAGAAUCAGCGGCUGCGGCACACUUUAACGUGCUCAGCUUCGAUACCUGCGGUCUGUUCAAGACCGCGGCCACCACGACAUCGUUGGGCUUGAACAACAACAACUCGGCAACGCCCAACAACAACCAUCAUCAUCUGUAUCAUCCGUAUCAUCAUCAGACGCAUACGGCCGCUACCCAUCACAGCCAGACGGCGUCCCAUCAUUGUCAGCAACAACAACCACAGCAGCAACAGCAACAUCAUCACACGGCACAAACGUCUUCCUCAGCCACCAGUAGCAGCACCUCGACCCCGUCCUCCUCCAUCACCACCCAGACGACGUCCACGUCGACCUCCUGCAGCACCAGCAACUCCCAUCAUCCCCAUCUGAGCUUGCUCAGUACUACUGCAGCCAGUGGCCAGCAUUCUUCAGACUCCAACCUGCAUCAGUCCUCCGAGGAUCACUCGCAGUCACAGGGUGACACUCAAACCGGCGAUCUCAACACCCCUGUCACGACCUCCGGGGACAUCCCGUCCUUCUUCGGGCCGUCCACCGUCGUCGAGCCUCCACCGAUCACAGGAUCAAUCGAGUCGGACGAUCUCUCGCUGGAACCGCAAACCGUAUCCAGUCCGUGUGCGAGUCUGUGCAGCCCAACAAAGCAGGAACGCAGCACGCCACAAUCGGUGGUCAUUGAGGAAGAGGCUAGCAACACCAGCAGCAACGCCAUGUAUCCAUCGUCAUCGUCACAUCAUCAGCAAGCAACGCAAUCAUCAUCACAUCACAGCAACAGUGGCAGCCAGGAGAUGCAUCACGAGCAAACGACCGAACCGGAGGAUAGUAAAAUCUCCUACCGAGGAAUCUUCACUACAACGUCCGGAAUCGGUAUGGGCCUGCAGACCACUACCGGUUCCCAGCUGUCCAUCAUGUCCGGACAAAUGUCUCCUACUUCCGGACUCAGCGGUUGGGGUUUGCCCAGUCCGGACAAAAGCCUUUUCCAGCCACCCAUGUUUGGCUUGCUCGGUCCCGGGCCACAAAGUUCAACUCAAGCCCAUUUUGCCGCUGCUCAACAGUCAACCUCGAAUCCGGCACAAACUCCAUCUCCGGCAGGUCACCAUCAGCACUCAUCGCAUCACUACGGGUCCGACGAACGAACUCACCAGUCCGUUGAACUUCUCGGUCUAAACAUGGACUGUCCCAGUAUCAUUCUGAAGCAACCACCAAGCUAUGCAAGUUGCGUUUCUUCGCUUGACAUGCAGGCUCAACAACAGCAACAGGCCCAGGAAAUGCAUCAAUACUCACGCGGUCAGAAUCUCGGCAUGAGCCAGACCCCGAAAUAUCAAUGGCUCGAUUCGCCCGUCGAAUAUGGCAGUCCCCAACACAACGUAGUGAUUCCCGGUCCAUCCUCAACCUCCUCUGUCAGCAUAAUUCCCAAGCAGGAACCAUACAGCUCCUCCCAGUGUCCGGACGUCAGUCAACUAAGUCAGCUAACUCCCCAGCAGCAAGCUCAGUACGCUGUUCAACUAGCAGAGUACAAUCCAUCCACCAGCAAAGGGCACGAGAUUUUGAAUCAAGUCUACCAGCAAAGCCCAAUGCCACUGAAGCUAGUCCCCGUUAAGCCGCGCAAGUAUCCAAAUCGCCCCAGCAAAACACCCGUACACGAACGACCGUACGCCUGCCCCGUCGAGAACUGCGACCGACGAUUCUCCCGAUCGGAUGAACUGACCAGACAUAUCCGCAUCCAUACCGGUCAGAAACCGUUCCAGUGUCGAAUCUGCAUGCGUUCCUUCAGCCGAUCCGAUCACCUGACGACGCAUAUUCGAACGCACACGGGCGAGAAACCAUUCUCCUGCGACAUCUGUGGCCGAAAGUUUGCCCGUUCAGACGAAAAGAAGCGCCACGCCAAAGUUCACCUAAAGCAGCGAAUAAAGAAGGAAAAGAACACCCACGGCAGCGGAAGCAGUAGUAGCGCAAACACUAGCGCCAGCAGCCACCAUCACCAGCAACAGCAGCAGCAACAGCAGCAGCAACAACAGCAGCAACAGCAAGCACAACACCACCAUCACGUGUCGCCUGCCCAACAGCAGCAGCACCAUCAUCACCAUCAUCCGGCCAGUAUACACUCCCAUCAUUUGCUGCAUGACGACAUCAGCGGUAUUCCGAUUGUGUCCUCAUCCAGUGCAACCAGCUUGUAGACCGAACUUCCGUCGAUCGACGUUAUGCGUUUGAAUGAUCCCCAGAUUGAGCUAGUGCACGACGAUCCGUUCAUGGGUUACAUCGAAACAGCCGGAGCGAGUACAUCCGGAACAGCUCGCAGAUCCUGCACCCAAGUAAGCGGACAGGCUUCUACGGUCUUGCUGGACAUUGCCGAGGAGGAUGCCGACGCCGGAGCUGUACCGCCAUCUUCCGCCACCGGCGACGACGAAGAAGACGUUGACGUUGGCGAAAAUAGUCGACCCGUUCCUGAUCCGCCAGCACAGCCGAAUCCUCCCCAAGCAGACACCGAACGCCGUAGUGUAAGUGUUAGUGACAAUAGGGAGGGCGGCCAAGGUGCCGGCGCCGACGGUGCCGAAGCCGCUGAACAGUCGAUUGUGAUCGUCCUGUUGGUCGAGUAAGUAAAAAGUUAAAAAUCGAUGACCCGAAAAAAACAACGCAUCAAUCGCAAAUCAAUCACAGCAAACAUAGCAAUCAUUCAACGCGAAAAACAUCGCUCGACAUGAAUUUACAGUGAGGCACUUACUAUCUGGUACGCAGCGGUGCUUUAGCUGGAAGAGCUCUCCCGUUCCCUUUUUUAUUACUCGGGACAUCUUCCAAAUUUAUCACUGCGGCAAAACACAUACUGAGAAACGAAAAAAACACACACACGCGCGCGCGCUCGCAGGGUGCAUACACACAUUAACGAACAAAAAGCGCUAAUGCAAAUAUUGAUCGACUAAAAUAGGUUUUCACGUGCGUUUUCUCUUUCUUCAAGUUGACUUGUUGCACAAUCACACCAGCACAUGCACACGAUAUAACAAACGACUAACAUGUGAAUGUUUUACAUUCGUUUUUGCGCACUAGUGAACACACACGGACACACCCUCUCCCUCACUCACUCACUCACUCACACACGUAUACGAGCAUGUUUAGACGUUGACAAUUUUGCAUUUUUCUAAUGUGCGUGCGAAUACCACAAUCUUUUAAAUGUGCCCAAACAAAACAAAACAAAGCAAAAAAAAAACAAACAAAAGAAAAACCAUUUUCGUCGUUUCUUACAACAAUCCAAUUCGAAUCAAUGUGUGUGCGUGUAUGUGUAUUAGCCUUACUUUUGAUUCAUCACAACUUUGCCGCCGAUUUCUGGAGGAGAAGCAUAAAUCCGGGAAAAAUUAUGAAAGGCAAAAUUGUUCUUUACUGAAAGUUUAUCUCUAAACACUGUGAUCUCAAGUUAUAAGUAAAUGAGGAUGAAAAAAUAGAUUUUUUAUUAUAAAAAAAUGAAAACAGAAACUUAGCCAUACUGUAAAUGACAAACACAUAAAUUUAUGGUGUAAAAUCAAAACAAUAACAGAGGAAGAAGAACAGAAGAAGUGUUAUGCCGAAAAGGGAAAACAGGUUUUUUGAAAACACUGUGAACAAGGCGUAAAACAAAGCUGCAGUGACCGUACUAUUUUCGAGUAAGCAUAAUUAAAUUAUAUCUAUAUGAGAAUGUAUGUGAUUUGUUUCCGAUGCACAAUGUACCACAAGGCUGCAAACUGUGGUAAAUUUAAUGUGUGCAUUAAAAAAAGCAGAGAGAGAAACAAAACUAAUUGAAAGAAAAAAACAAAGUCGAGAUAAGUCUUAUUACAGAGUAAAUGGAUCUUAUUUAAAACGAACUAAACAAUAUCUAACUGAAUGAAAAUAAUCUAGGUAAAAAGAUAAUUUUCCUAUAGCAAAAUGCGAUUAAUUCGAAAUAAUGCUACUGACACAAAGUGCAAGACAAACGACGACAAUCUCAGCUCGUUGUUUACCGCCAGUCUCCUACAGGAAUCAAUGCUGCGCUUGUUUUAUAAUAAUAUUUUUUUAUUUUAUUUUUUUCGUUACUCCUGUACAGUCCCGAGCGGAACCAAUUUCUCCUGAAUGAAUGUGCUGCCAUAUUAAGAUAAUUAUUAGUUGCCUAUCAACGUACACAAAUCAACGCAUUUCAAAAUAACAUUAUUCUCUACAUGUACAUUGAAAGCCUCCCCCGCCCCCCUUAUUAGUGUCCCCGCAGUUCUGCCAGUGCCAUUCAGUAGCGAAUUCUACCUACCCCAGUGCAUUACUUCCAACUAAACCUCCUUUUUUUACAUUCAUAUAUUACCUUGAGUUUAGCUUGCCAUCUACACUGAGAUUCCACCGAUUUACAAGCGAUAAUGUUUAAGUUUCAGUGCUAGUCUGAGUGCUUAUAGGCUAAGAUGAAAUCCCAGAAGAAAAAGAAAAAAGCAGUGAAAGUAGACACACAGACACACGUGUGUGAACAGUAGAAACCGAAACGCUACAAUAAACAAAAGAAGAAAGAUAUGACAAAAAAAACUUAUUUUAAACAAAACUAUAAAAAAAACUAAUCACACAAAAUCACACCUGUAUAUUCAGCGAGAGAAAAAAAAGAGUUUAAAAAAUGCUAGAAAACGAAUUCUUGUUUUUUUUUUCAAUCUUCUUCGAAUUAACGCAGUAUAAGGAACGAAAAGGCUUUAAUUAAUUAACAAUAGUCAUUAAGAGAAAGUGAGAGAAAGAGAGAUAAUGUUGAGAGAAAUUCUGACAAGAACAAAAAAAAAGUCGUUAUUAAAAAGUACUGUUUUGCCAAAUAACACACAAAUUUUGUUAUUUUUGUGAGAUCUUUUUGUUCCAUGUUUUUUUUUGUUUUCGUUUUUUUCUCGCCCUGAUUCCUUCCAUUCGUCUAUUGAAAAAAAUAAUUGUUUUGUCUUAUUCAUGCUAUAUUUAUUUUUCUAACUUUUAUU